AUGGGCAUUAUUCUGUUUAUUCUAGUGUGCAUUGAUGUUGUGAGCGGCAUUGAAAAGACCCUGACUGAUGACGACAAGAAAGACAUUACGCUGAUUGAGGACAAGAUUUCUACUUACUGCAAACAAAAGAAACUGUCUCAGGAGCAAAAGAAGAUCUGCUAUCACAUUGAUCCUAUCAAGAGAGAAGUUUCUCUUCCCCUGUCUUAUGGAAUGCCUGCUGAGGACAUUUGCAUCCGUAAGCUGAAUAAGAAGAACAACGAGUUCUGCUCUGUCAAGUACAGUGCUGACAAGCCCAAGUCCUCUGAGACAUUCGACCCUAGCAAGAUGCGCAUUAGUCAGCUGAAGGCUUACCUUGCUGAAAGAGGACAGAAGUGCGUGGGUUGCUACGAAAAGAGUGGUAAUGUGCAAUUUGUGGUUUUCGAGCGUAGAUUACGUUCGCAAGGUGAAGGAGGUGAUGAACGCCGAGUUGUAAUCUAUGGGUUUUAUGUUUUUCGUUUGUUUGUUUGAGCCAUGUUCCUUAGAGUUUUUGUUUAUAUGGAAGAUCUAUAUAAUAAACUAUCACUGUGGAAAGGGAAUAAGGACUGGGAGAAGCGAGACCAUACUGGAUGCUAUUCUCUGAUGUUUUCAGGAGCUGUCCUUUCUCUAUUUGGAUUUUCGAAAAUCGCAAAGUUUUGUGUAAUACUACGUAUUUGAAAAUAGAUUACCGCUCAUUUCAUCGGUUCCUUUUUCGUUGAGAGAAGCUUUGAAAAAACUCGACACUGAUGUUGAUAUUCCUGUUUCACUCUCAGGAAAAGUAGAUCCUGGUAUUUUGAAACGUAUGUUUCAUAGGUCGAAGGAGGACUUGACAAUGUGAAUCCCUUAGAAGAAUCCCUCGUGGAAAUUCGUUAUACAGAAUAUAGUGAAUCUUCAAAAUGCUGGAGAAGUCGAGAAACAACAGGUUGUUUUUUCAUCUAGUGUAUCUCUCAUUUUUAGUGAGUCACGAACUGACAGCUAACGAUUUUUAUAUCGUUACAAAUAACGGAAUCCGUAUAAAGAUAGUGUUGCCUACAGAGUUUGUCUUUCGCCAUGUCUCUUUGCUCUCUGUUCCAAAAGUUGAGGAGCGCGAACUUACAGGUGAAGAAAAGGACAAAUACGACUGGGCAGUUCACUUCAAUCCAUCUUUCAACCACGAGUUGAUCAGUUCGAAGGUUUAUAUGGUCAAGCACGGACUACGCAGUGGUCAAAGUGUCUUCCUCCAAGGAGUGCUUCGAAAGGAAGGAGAGGAGUUGGUUCUGAAGUGUGGGAAGAGAUCGAAUCUUAUCAUUUCAACGCAGUCGAUUGAAGAGGAGCAGAUAAACAAUCGAAAGAACGGAACCUUUCUUCUUCUCUUAGGAAGCAUGCUAUUAGCAGGAGGCAUUUAUCGUUUUCUGAAUU